AUGAGCAGGCCCGGUCCAGGUUAUUCACGAGGACAACCUUCAUCCGACCCAUCGACAUCCACUCCGUUCGACGGGCGAGGAGCGGGAGACUCAUCCGGAGACUUCUACGACUCGCUCAACCCUCGCGCCUCGCCCUCGCCGUACGGCUCGCACGAGCAGGGCUUGAACACGGUCUUUGAGCAGGAGGAGCCUGCCUCGUCGCCCGAGAUGAACCGCGGCGGCCAGCAGUGGGGAGGCUACCAGCAGGAUCAGUACGGCGGUGGGGGCGGCGGUUACUACGGGCAGCAGGGACAACAGGGACAGCAGGCACAGCAAGGAGGGUACGGAGGGUACGACUCGUCGGCGCAGGGGUACGGCCAGCAGCAGGGCUACGACCAGCAGUCGUACUCCGCCGACUCGUCUCAACAGGCUGUCGACGCUCCCUACUACCCCGGCUGGAUCUGGGACGCCGCUUCUGGGCAGUACCUCCCCGACUCGAACUACGGCGGUGAGGGCGAGCAGGGCGGAGCGGCUUCGACGCAGCAGGGUCAGGCGGAGGACGACUCGCAGACUCAGCAGCAGUCGCAGGCGGUUGACGCUCCCUACUACCCUGGCUGGGUGUGGGACGCUGCUUCUGGCCAGUACUUGCCGGACUCGAACUUUGGCGGUGAAGGGGAACAGCAUGGCGAGUCGUCGGCGGCGGAUCAGGGCCAGGCGGGGGAUGGCGGAGCGCAGAACGGUUACGCUCGAGGCGGAUACGAGCAGCAGUACGACUCGUACGGCGCCCAGUACGGUCAGGCGGACGAUGCGCAUGGCUACGCUCCGACGGCGCAGAAUCAGCAUGGCCAGCCGGACCCUUACUCGACCCAAUCUCAGCCAUCGUCCGCUUCGUACGACCAGAGCGAGCAGCAAGCUCGCCAGCCAGCCGGCUUCGAUGCGCAGGACGAGGAGGAUCCGUACGCCAGCGACCCUUACAACGCCGAGUCGUACGCGCAAUAUGGCCAGCCCAACUCGUACGAUCAGCCGCAGCAGCCGCAGCAGGACUCGCACGACCCGUACGGUCGGGAGCAGCAGCAGCCUGCGCUGGCGCACGACCAGGAGGACCCCUACGCAGCGGACUCGAACCCGUACGCGGACGAGUCGGCAGGCGGCGACCCGUUUGCCCAGUCCGAGUCGAACGAUCCGUUCGCUCGGCAGCAGUCUUACGACCCGCUCGGCACGCACGACCAGCAGCAAAAAGCCUCGAGCCAGGUUUUCGACCCGUACGCCGCACAACAGCAAACGCAGCCACCUUCCCAGCCGCCGCCACAGCCGGUGCAACGACGACAAGAAGCGCAGCACGAGCCUCAACAGCAGCCACAGCCGAAGCAGCACGACGCUUUCGACCCGUACGCACCGAAGACCUCUCGCACUGCACCUCCCUCGACCGCUCCGUCGCAGCCUGCCGCACCGACGCAAAGUCGCGCCGCGUACUCGCCUCCUCCUCCUCAGCAGCAGUUCACGUCUUUCGGCGCUGCCUUCGAUGCCUCCGCUCAGCCAAACGAGCCGCCUCAGCCGGCGCCUUACGACCCCUACUCGCCGCCUUCGCAACAAGCGCCGCCUCGGCAGCAGCAGCGUCGCGAAUCGCCUCGUCAGGAGCCGCCUCAGCCGGAAGAGCCCACUCACGAUCCCUACGCCCCUCGCAAAUCGCAGGGCAAGUCGCAAAGCCGCCAAGCUCGCGAGCAGCGCCCGUACGACCCUUACAACCUGCAGUCGUCGCAGUCAUCGCAAGGUCCCGCUUCGCCGCCAAUGCGACACCAGCCUUUCCCUCAGACGGGAUCGUCUGCUCCGUCGGCCGGUCUCGCCUCGCCCCCUCUCGGUCGGGCGGCGCUUUCACCCCCGCCUCGUUCAGGCUCCGCCGCGAGUAACGCCAGUUCCCGCCAAGCCCCUGCGCCAGCUCAAGCGGGACCACCCCCGCCUCGCAGCGGAGCUCAACAGGCUUCGCAGACGGCUGCACCGCCAUCUCGAAGAGGCCCCGAGUCGGUCGCUUCGCCGCGCUCGGAAGCGUCCUUCAACCUCGCGUCGCCUCCUACACGUGCCCGCCAGCUUCCACAGCAGCAGCAGCAGCCUGAGCAACGGCAAGCUCCUCCGCCCAGGCAGCAGUCUGCUGCACCGGCUUUCGACCUUCCUCCGCCUCGCUCGGCUCCUGCAGCUCGCCCGCCCCAGCGAGCAGCGCAGGAGAUCGACGAGCCGCCAGAGUUCGACGAUCCUGUCGCUGCUGCGGGCCCUCCUGCUGUCGCGCCGCAGAAAGCUGCCUCGACGGCGCCCGCCUCUGCCCCGUACGCUCCGGCACCCUCGGCGCCCUCUCGCGAUGCCUACACCACCCCGUCCCAGCCAGUCCUUCCGCCAUCGCAGCGAAAGCCUCCUUCGACGGCCGGCGCUUUGAUGCGCCCUCCCGUUCCUCGUGCCCCUCAUCAACGCGGUGCAUCGGCUUUCGGCAGCGACUCGCCUUACGGUGCUCUGCCGACUGGCCCGCUCACGUCGGCUUACGAGCCGCCUCAGACGGUCGAGCAGAUCAAGGAGGAGGAGGAGGAAGAGGAGGUCCCGCCUGAGCAGAAGGAGCCCGAGAAGCCGGAAGAAUUCGUGCCGAGCUGGAUGCAGGCAACGUCGCACGCACUGCCUCCGUCUGCAUUCCCGAACAAGCCUCGCGAUCAGCAGGUUAAGCAGGAGCAGCACGACGAGCCGCGUUUCGCACCACCGCCCCAACGUCAGCCUCUUUCGCAGCCGCCUACGCGGUCGCAGCCGGAGCGGCAGCGCGAGCAGCGCCGUCUCGUCGACGAUACGAACGAGAUGUCCCUUGGCGAGCAACCGUUGCAACCAUCGACGCAGCAGGUGCUUCAGCCGUCGCAGAGUCGCGCUCCGCCUUCUUGGAGACAGCAGCACAGCGCGCCACCGCCAGCUCGCGAGGCAGCUGGACCGCCGCCCAGAGUCUCCGCAGCACCUCCGCCUCGAGGACCGGCUGCGGCUCGUCCGCCCUUGUCUGCGCAACAGCAGCAGCAGCGACCGCCUCAGAAUAUACAGCAUCCGCCUCCCCGAGCUCCUCCGCAGGCGAAGCCGUCGCUGCAGAUGCCGAUGAGCCCGGAGCGAGGUCAAGUUCCGCAACUCCAUUUCGAGGCGCCUAGUCCCGAAGUUCGAGCGGACCGCCGAGGCGAGCGCUACGACUACGGCGGCGGUCGCAUCACGCCCGUGCCCACGAUGAGCGGUAUCGAAGAGACGCCCGAGCCGCGCGAGGAAGACGAGGACAGCUACUUCGCCCGGUCGGAUGCGCAGCAGACUGACCAUCAGUACGGCAUGGACGAUUCGACCGUGUUCACUGCUGGCGACGAGGACCGCGCGACUGGUCCGACGACGCCGAGCUCGCAGUACGGCGGGGACUGGCGGGCGGACAGUCAAGACGCGCAAGGCUACGACUACCUUGGUCACCAGCCCGCCCAGGCUCAUCCGCAGCAGCAGCAGCAAAAGCCGUACGAUCCCUACGCUCCUGCUGGCCAGCGAGACCUGCAGCCGCCUAGGGACAUCCCCUCGCGCGACCUUGCCGUCACGCCGCCGGCGCAACAACGCGGACCGACAGUCUACGCCUCGCCCAACAAGCGAGCUGUGCCGCCUCGUCAAGCGCCGAUGUCGUCGACCAUGGCCCGGGCCAACUCGUACGACGCUCCGCCAAGUCGCAAGAUGUCGACCGACUCGUAUGGCUACGAUCAGCAGCGCGAGAUCGCAUACGCUCCCCCUGCCCAUCAGCAAACGCAGCGGCAGCCUUACAAUCCGUAUGCCGGCGCAGCAGCGCAGGUCCAGCGCAGUGCGUCUCCACUUGAUGGCGAACCAGCGGAUCUCGGACUCGAGCGGCGUCGUGCUCCCGUCGUCUCGUUCGGCUUCGGCGGUCGCAUGGUCGUCGUCUUCCCCGACGGCGGGCGGCCAGCUUACGGCGCCGACAGCUCAAACCCCUACGGCGUCUCUGCAGCGAACGCGCAACCCUCUUCUCCCUCGACUGUCCACAUCCGCAAGCUCGCCGAGGUUGUUCCGCCAUCAACCGACGGUACCGCCUUCCCCGGCCCGAUCUUCCUCGACGGCGGCAAGGCCAAUGCCGGCAAGAAACGCAGGGAGGCCCUCUCCUGGCUCGACCAGCGCAUCGGCGAGCUCGAGCAGGAGGUUUCCUACGCGCGCGGCGCUGCACCGCCAGGAUUUGAGGGUUCCGGCACGCAUGAUCGACGUCGGCAGGUCGAGUCUCGGCUAUUGCUCGUCAAGCUCGUCAAGGUGAUGGUCGAGAACGAGGGCAAGUUGACGGGAUCGGCCAAGGUCGACGACGCCGUUCGAGCCAUCUUUACCGGCGAAUCAACUACUGCGAACGGCGACAUGGCUGCGUUGCCGACCGCAGAUCAGCUCGUCGCUGCAUCCCCCGACAGAACGAGCGACGCUUCGACCGUUCCGUUCAUCACGUAUGGCGUCAGUCCCGCCGACCUCGACCAGAUGACGGAGUACCUCUUGCGAGGCGAGCGACGAGAAGCAGUCCGGCACGCUCUCGACCGCAAGAUGUGGGCACACGCCUUCAUCAUCGCCAGCUGCGUCGACACAGACUGCUGGAAGGAGGUGACGGUCGAGUUCUUGCGAACGGAGCUCACCCCGUCUGCGGAGAAUCCGACGCCGGGCGCGGAGGGCCGCGAGGCUUUGCGAGUCGCGUACGGCAUGUUUGCCGGUCUCGGAGCCGAGUCGAUGCACCAGCUCAUUCCGCCUCAAGCCUUCGGUCCGGGCACUCCUGCCCUUCGCAACGGCGCGUCGUUAGACAACGGCGCAGCGUCAGCUCCGCAUUCGCCGACGAGGCAGGAGCGACAGCCGCUGCCGUCCUCGACACUCGCCAAGUGGCAGGAAACGGUGGGCAUGAUCGUUUCGAACCGCACUGCCGGCGACUCUGCCGCCCUCACAAGUCUGGGCGACGCGUUGGCGGCGCACGGAUGGACUGAUGCUGCGCAUGUCUGCUACCUUCUCUCGCCCCAAACAUCGCUCGCACAGGGCCUCGGCAUGCCCACUUCGCGCAUCACCCUCGUCGGCUCCUCGCCGCUCACUGGCGAUGCAAUUAUCGACCUCGAGAGCGUGAAGCUGACGGAGCUCGUCGAAUUCGCCUUCUCGCUCGUCCCCACCGUCAAGGGCCAUGACGCCUUCGUUGGCUUCCCCCAUCUUCAGGCGUUCCGUCUCUACCACGCUGCGGUACUGGCGGAUGCUGGCAACAUCCCGCAAGCGCACCGCUAUGCCGAGGCCGUCGUCAACACGCUCAAGCUUGCGACCAAACCGUCGCCGUUCUACCACCCUCGCCUUGUCGCACAGAUCAAGACGCUGUCCGAGCGGCUAGGCGCCGCACCUGGUCAGAAGGAAGGCGGCUCGUGGCUCGCCCGCAAGGUGCCGCGCCCCACGGUCAACUCGCUCUGGUCGACCUUCGAGGGCGGCUUCAACAAGUUUGUCGCCGGCGACGAGCAACCGACUGCUCAGCAACUUGCCGCUCGAGCCGAAGUUGCGAAGCAAGCCAACGGCGCCGCUGUAGGCGCGUUCUCGCACUUCUCCUCCAUCGCGCCGGGCAGCACUUCCGGCACCCUCUCGCGUGCCGAAACGUCGCACGAGAUGAACGGCUCGAAGCUUCUUCACGUCAACAUGCCCGCCCAACACGCGUCCAGUCGCCCGACCUCACCUCUCGCGACGGCACCUCCUGCGCAGGCUCACCAUCACCAAUCGCCUGGACCUCCUCCUGUCAAGCGCGCAGCGUUCAAGACGCAUCACGCACGAUCGUCGUCGCUCGGCGCCUUCGCCGGCUACGAAUACAGUCCGAAUGUUGCGCCGCCAUGGCAGUCGUACACGCCGCCGAGUCUCCCCGGCCGCAACGCAGGCAAUGCGGAUCGCUCAGAAGGGCGCGAGCCUGAGCAGUCUCCCACCUCGCCUCGAGGACCGCCGUCCGCCCGCCGUCCGCAGUUCGCCGCCGUCGAGGAGCAGCUGCAGGAAGACGAGUCCGGCUUCAUCUCGCCGAUGGCGCAGUUCACGCCUUCUGUCUCCCCGUCCAUCGCUGCCGCCAACCAGCAGCAGCAACAGUCGCAGGCGCAGCAGCAGACGCAUCGCCGCAUGACGACCGCCGAAGAGCUCGCCGACCUCGGCAUCGCCAACAGCAAGUCGAAGAAGCCUGCAUUCGACACUCUGGACGAGGAGCUCGAGGCGGAAGAAGGUGGGAUGCCACAGGAGAAGCGGCCGAAGCCUGAGGAGAAUAGCUCGGGAGCUGCCACGCCUGCUAUGGCGGGAAGCGCACCCAAGCUGGACGACAAGCCGACCAUCAAGCCGUCGAAGAGCUGGCUCGGCGGGUGGUUCAAGCGCGAGGCUAGUCCUGCAAAUGCUGGUCCUGGUCCCGUCAAGGCCAACCUUGGCGAGCAGAAGAGCUUCGUCUACGACGAAAAGCUCAAGCGCUGGGUCAACAAGAGCAGCAAGGGCGGCGAGGAAUCACCCGCGACCGUCACUCCGCCUCCUCGAGCUGCGACGGCCUCGCCGAGCAAGGCGCUGCGCAACGGCCCUCCUCGCUUCAUGAGCGAGACCCCUCCCGUCCCGCCGAUGCCAACUCGCGCUGCGACGAAUCCGCCUCCCCUCGCGCGAUCAGCCACGAGUGGUGACCUGCGCGGCGACACCCGUCCUCCCUCCGCCGCGAGUAACCCGACUCGACCGCCUUCGGCGGCUGGCAUGCCUCCCAGGACGACCGGUACUCCCGGUGAAGGCGGCUCGGCUCGCUCGUCCGCCAAGCGCAAGCCCAAGUACGCCGUCUACGCCCCCUAG